AUGCUCCGUUCCGACUCCGAAUCAGGGCCCCACCGCUCGGGUCGUUUCCACUACGUCCGAGAACACCUAAAUACUCGAUUCCUCAAGUUUGUUUGCACCAUCUUCCUCGGGUUUCUCCUUUUGGUAUCCAUUCUAGCCUUCAUUCUCUGGCUCAGUAUCCGCCCGCACCGGCCCUGGAUCUAUAUUCGGGACUUCUGGGUUCCGGGUCUGACCCACCCAGAUGGGUUCGACAACGCCAACGUGAACUUCCACCUGUCCGCCCGUAACCCGAACCACAUGAUCGGGGUUUACUACGAUGCCAUGCGGGUGACGCUAACUUAUCGGUACCGGACCCUCGGCGGCGCGAAGCUGCUCGCUCCGUUCUACGUGCCGCCGGAUAAUACGACGGUGCUCCACGGGGUGUUUAGCGGCUCCAUGAUGGGGGUAAAUAAGCGGCGAUGGAUGGAGUUUCAGGCCGAUCGCCGGCGUGGGGAAGUGACGUUUCGUCUUAAGAUUACGUCCACCAUCCGGUUCAGGGUGUUCCAGAGGCAAACUAGCCGCCGGAAGAUGCACAGCAUUUGUCUGGUCGGGGUAGACCGGAACGGCUUGAUUUUGGACCGUUACAAAGAUCGGAGAUGCCUUUCUUAUUUCAUCUGA